ACCGACUACCUUCGCUCAAUCGUUGGGUUAACAAAUUUCACAACGUUUUUUCAGUUUUUAUUCCUGCUCGACACCUCGCUUAUCUCGCUGCGCUCAGUUCAGCUUCCCAUCGGUUCGAGCUCUGCUCUUCUGUGGAUAAACCCUAGGGGCAGUAGGAAAUUGUUGAAUGUACAGGAUGACUACAGAGGUUGACGAGACUCCUGCUGUUGGCCCUCAUGUUGCCAACAUGUCUGCAACAACUACUUCAUCCACAGCAUCAACUUCAGGCCCAAAGGUCUCAAGGUUUGCUGCAAAGACAGGCUUUGUUAUACCUAAAAAUAAAUUGUCAGGUUCGUUGGUUCCUAUCUUCCGAGGAGGUAAGAAACCCGGAGGAGAUUCUACUGCCAAUGAAGAUAAUAUUGAUCAGAUUCAGAGAAAAACAAAAUGGAGCCCUGAUCUGACACAGGAUGCUGCUGUCCGAAGGGGUAGAGCUUUAGCUUAUCAGACUCGGGUUGAUCAGAUUACACAGCAGCUGAAGUCAGGAAAUCUGGAUGUUGGGGAUACAGAAGAUUCGCCAGUAGGUGCUAAGAAUAUGGUUAAAAGCACUUCUGAUACACAACUUGAAAGUGAGAAAGUAGAACUUUUGGAGAUCGAAAGACUGGAAGCUAUUGGUGAAAUACUUAAAUUGAAUCCAAGUUACAAAACACCAGCAGAUUAUAAACCUUUAUUGAAGGCGGCAACAGUUCCCAUUCCUGUGAAAGAAUACCCUGGAUGCAAUUUUGUUGCUCUAAUCUUUGGUCCCGGAAGUGAUACUAAGAAGCGACUAGAAAAGGACACCGGAGCUACAGUACAAGUUUACGCCAUUAAAGCAAAUACUGGAGAGAAGGUUGAAAUUUCUACUCCUGAUGGUAGUGAACCCCAGGAUGCUUAUGAAGAGUUGUUUGUUCGUCUAUCAGCUGACACCUUUGAGAAAGUUGAUGGAGCAGUGGCACUGAUCGAGUUGCUAACUAGUUCAAUAUCAGGAAAUUUAGGCACUGGUUCGGUGCCUGCAAUAUCUGGGAAUGAUGCUAAUGCUCUUAGUCGAACACUUGGCACAGCUGUAUCAUGUGCGACUGAUUCUGCUUUAAAUCAGCAAGUGCCGCAACUUACACUAGCAUCUCCACAAGGUCAGUUUCAAUACCACAAUUCAUGGUUCCCUACCAGGCUUGUGCCGCUGAAUCUUUCAGCACCAAUUCUCAACAGUUCCAUACAUACGCAGCACUCACCUUCAAACCCAUCUUCAUUCUUUGGCCCACAAUCAGCUCCUGCAGCUGGAUUCAACUCAAUUAUUCAAGACUCAUCCCUUGUUUCAUCCAGUCCACAGCUUCCAAGACAAGUAAUACCACAGCCAUAUAUGCCUCCAUUGCAGCCUUUGGGUCAUACUGGUCCACUUCAAAAUUUUCUUGUCCCAAACCCAAAUCUUCCAUCUGCUCAACCUAGCAAUUUAUCUUCACUAUCACUUAGAGGAAGCCAGCCCCAGGAUCUCAGGCCACUCCCUGGCACAAGACCAUCGAUGCCUGCAGGAAGCUUUUCUGGCUGGUCAAGCACAUCUGCAUCCCUAGGUCUUAGCAAUGUAGCGCAACUGGCUCCACCUGCAGUUUUUUCCCAGGUGCCUCAUCCUGUAGUUCCACGACCAGUUGCAUCGGAUUCUUCUGCCCAUCCGAACAUGUUAUCAACUUUUUCGCCGGGUCAGUUUGGUCCUCGAUUAACCAGUGCGCCUGUUAACCAUCCUUCCUUGCCUUUUCCUCCUGGUCCUCCACUAGGGUCUUCUCCUGCAUUAUCAUCUGCUUUACGUCCAACAGCAGUGUCAGUACCACCACCACUGAAUCCAUCUCUAAAUCCAGCAAUGUUAUCGAGACCAAUCAUCUCGCAAGCGCCACCCAUGUUAUUAUCGCCAUCUAUUCCAAGAGGAGCUUCUGGUUCUAUUCCUGGAAACAUGCCAAAUUUUGCUCCCAUAAAUCAACCUGCACCAAUACAUGCAAGAUCACAACAUACAAAUUCCAGGGAUUUCACUUUCCAACCUCACCAUACACAGGGCCCAACCUAUCCAAUGGUUCCAAGACCCGGCAGUCAAGCUGCAAAUCCGCAUGGUUUAGCCCCUCAAUCAGCGGUUCAACAACAAGCACCAUCUUUCCAGUUUGGUGUGCCCAAUUCUACUCCCCAACAACCGGUAAUGCAAGUGUUCCCUAGGCCACACAGUGGCAACCAGAUGGGUUUGCCACAAAAUCAGCCAAUGGCCAUGUCUGCUCCACCCAGACCUCCAGCAUUCCCAGGCACCGGUCCCGUCACCAAUGCUGCUCCUGUUCCACGCAUGGGAUUGAGAAACUUUGUUCCACCUACCCAAACACCCAAUGUGGCUGGUCCCUUUCCUCCCAGGCCUGGACAUUCUUUGCAACAUCAACAGCACUACCCAGCUUUGCCACCUAGGCCGGGAAGUUUCGUACCUCCAAACCCCCGAUUGUCCCGUGCUGGUUUCCCGCUGCCCACCAGGCCUACAUCAGGCCAUUCUGCCGGACAGCAAGUUUAUGAUCCAUUCUCUCCCACAUCUGUUCCUGGGGCACCUCAACACCAGGGAGGUGGUAAAGAAAAUGCAAGAAAACAGGAAAAUGACCCCGAGUAUGAAGACUUGAUGGCUUCAGUAGAGGAGUAAAGUAGUAAUCAUUUUGGUUGAUUUGUUUCUGACAACCAUAUUUGAUACUAAAUGUCAAAGGUUUAGACUGUUUGAAGA